AUGCAAAAAACAAUAAACGCCAUUCAACAACAAAACAAACAAAAUAAAAAAUACACCUAUAACGGAUAUGAUGCUUUUGGUGCUGCUGAUGCCGCCCUCAAUGUGCUGCAGCAGCUACCAGGCAUGCAGCCGCCUGCUGCUGCAGCACCAGCAGCAACACCAGGAGCAGCAGCAAAGGCUGAGGAGACACUUCAGAACGCAGUGGGAAGAGACACCAACACAGGCAAAUAUGUCUACAACGGAUACUGCACACUCACACAAACCCCACAGCAGCAGCAGCAGCAGCAGCGGGACGGGAAAGCAAAUGCAGCUGAGCAAGGUGCUGGAGAAGCAGCAAAAGGAGCAGCAGCAGCAAAAGAUGCAGCAACAAAGAAAGAAGGAGAAAAGAAACAAACAGAAAACAACAAAAUAGAAAAACAGAAAAGCCCCACCCUCAGCAUAAGAAGAUGGUCUAGAGGAAAGACAACAGCAGAGACAGACAAAACACAAAAACAAAAAGAAGGAAAUGAAAUACAACGCACAUCAACUGCUGCUGGUGCUCCUGCUGCUGCUCCUGCAGGAGAGCAGCAACAAAAGGCAAAAGACACGCAGCAGAAACCCGCAGCCGCUGCUGCAGCGAAAAAAGAUAGCCAAAAGCCUGCCGCUGCUGCUGCUGCUCCUGCACAGCAGCAGCAAAAGCAACAGCAACCGCAGCAGCAGCAAUCUGCUACUAAGGACAAAAAACCUGCAGCAGAGCCAAAGGCUCAGCCGCCGAAGGAGUCGCAGCAGCAGAAGCAGCAGCAGCAACAGAACCAGCAGCAGCAGCAGCAGCAGCAGCAGCAAAAGGAGGAAAAGAAGGAGCCACAGAAGCCACAAGAGGCCCAGGAGCAGAAAGAGCAACCCCAAGAUCAACAGAAGAAUGAGCAGCAGCAACAGAACCAGCAGCAGCAACAGCAGCCUCAGCAACAGGAGCAGCAGCAGCAGCAGCAGCAGCAGGAACAACCUGAUGAUGAAGAGCAGCAGGAGCAGCGGAAGGCUCAUAUGUUUAAACUAUCCCAAAAUGCUUGCUGCGUAAUUCAAUGA